CUGGGGGGUCAAAGUGGGGCAGGGUUUGGGGGGUGAAAUCCAAGAUGGCUGCCGCCUAUGGGUGCCAGGACGGGCACUUCCUGUUUUGAAAAGGUCAGGGGUCAGAGGUCACGGGGUCACAGGGGGUGACGGGGGGAGCCAUACUGGGGCCGUACUGGUUUGUACUGGGGUCAGACUGGUCCAUACUGGUUCAUACUGGUUCAUACUGGGGCCAGACUGGUUCGUACUGGUUUGUACUGGGGCCAGACUGGACCAUACUGGUUCAUACUGGUCCAUACUGGUUUAUACUGGUGUGUACUGGGGCCGUACUGGUCCAUGCUGGUUCAUACUGGUUCCUAUUGGUUCCUACUGGUUCCUACUGGUUCCUACUGGUUUGUACUGGUCCGUACUGGUCCAUACUGGUCCCUACUGGUUUGUACUGGUUUGUACUGGUCCAUACUGGUCCGUACUGGUUCGUACUGGUCCAUACUGGUUCUUACUGGUCCAUACUGGUUUGUACUGGUUUGUACCGGUCCAUACUGGUCCCUACUGGUUUGUACCAGGCCAUACUGGUUCUUACUGGUCCCUACUGGUUUGUACCGGUUUGUACUGGUCCAUACUGGUCCAUACUGGUUCUUACUGGUCCCUACUGGUUUGUACUGGUCUGUACUGGUUUGUACUGGUCCGUACUGGUCCAUACUGGUCCUUACUGGUCUGUACUGGUUCUUACUGGUUCCUACUGGUUUGUACUGGUCCGUACUGGUUUGUACUGGUCCUUACUGGUCCGUACUGGUCCGUACUGGUCCAUACUGGUUCCUACUGGUUUGUACUGGUUUGUACCGGUCCAUACUGGUUUUUAUUGGUCCGUACCGGUUCUUACUGGUCCCUACUGGUUUGUACUGGUCCUUACUGGUCUGUGCUGGUUCUUACUGGUCCCUACUGGUCCCUACUGGUUUGCACUGGUUUGUACCAGGCCAUACUGGUUCUUACUGGUCCGUACCGGUCCGUACUGGUUCUUACUGGUCCCUACUGGUUUGUACCAGGCCAUACUGGUCCGUACUGGUCCAUACUGGUUCCUACUGGUUCCUACUGGUUCCUACUGGUUUGUACUGGUCCUUACCGGUCCGUACUGGUUCUUACUGGUCCCUACUGGUUUGUACUGGUUCUUACUGGUCCUUACUGGUUUGUCGUGGCGCAGGGGAGCGGCACUGGGUGUUCUCGGAGGCGGCGCUGCAGCCCGGUUACCCGCGCACCUUGCAGGACCUGGGCCGGGGGCUGCCCCCCCGCCUGGACGCCGCGCUGCUCUGGCUGCCCAGCGGGGCCACCUACUUCUUCCGAGGGGACAAGUGCGUGCUGUGACCUGCCAGGACCUGGAGGGACCUUCCAGGACCUUUUUUUCUGGGGAUUUCUGGGGUUUUUCGGGACCUUCCAGGACCUUUCUGGACCUUCCAGGACCUUUCAGGACCUUCCAGGACCUUUUCUGGGCUGUUGGGGAUCUUCCAGGACCUUCUGUGGGCUUUGGGGGCCUCUUUAGGGAUCUUCCAGGACCUUUUGGGGGCUUUUUGAGGACCUUCCAGGACCCUGUGGGGUCUUUUGGGCGCUGCUCUGGCUGCCCAGCGGGGCCACCUACUUCUUCCG